AUGGUUCAAGUCCAAGUACCGCUUGCUGCACCUCACGCAUGCCUGGUCAAGCCCUACGACCACCUACAUUUGGCGCUGCCCAAGUUUGCUCCGUACGAUCCCGCUUCGGCGCUCAUCUACCGGUACCGACAACAAACAUCCGUCAACCUCGGGUCAUGGUUCGUGCUCGAAGACUGGAUGUCGCCGACGAUGUUCACUUGCGCGAUAGAGCCUAAGCAGGCUGAGCUGGACGUGGCGAUGGGCUGGAAUGGGCAGUCGUCGCAUUUGCUAGCUCGGCACUGGGAUGAAUGGAUCAAAGAGGAAGACUUUCAAUGGCUAGCCAGUGUCGGCGUCAAUACAGUCCGGCUACCAAUAGGAUACUGGGAUCUAGGUGCAAAUGCACUCGCGGGCACCGACUUCGAGCCUGUCGCGGACGUCUACGAGGGAGCCUGGCCGAGGAUAGUCAGAGCGAUCAAUUGGGCUGCCAAGUAUCGCCUAGGCGUGCUGGUAGACCUGCAUGGUGCACCUGGUAGUCAGAACGGUCUUUCGCAUUCCGGGCUCUCGGGAGGGAAACAGGGGCUCUUUGAUGACGAUGACAACAUGAAGAAGACGAUUGCUAUGCUGGCAGAAUUGACACAGCGGCUAGUCAGCGUGACAAAUGUGGUGGGGAUUGAGCUGUUGAAUGAGCCGAGCAAUGUCGAAAAUUUGGAGCAAUUCUACUACGAUGCCCUCGACGUGCUGCGCAAUAUCAGCAGCGAAGCGGCCGCGUUUCCCUUCUACAUCAGCGACGCAUAUGAUAUGAAACGCUUUACUUCACUCGUGGCGGGUCGAGAUGACUUCGUCGUCCUGGAUCAUCAUUCAUACUUCGUAUUUGGAUCAGAGGAGGAUCAGAAGCGACACUUGGAUGAGAUCAUGGGCGAUCUACAGCCAGACGGCGGCUUCAACAAUGAAUUGCAGCAAGCCGCCGAGCAAACCCGGGGCAACAUCGUUAUCGACGAGUGGUCUUGUGCUCUUACGGGAGGCGCAUUAUCCGGCAUGGAGGACCAGGACGCAGGACGAGCGGAGUUCUGCCAAGCUCAAGCCCAGCUGUACGCGGACUGGACUGCCGGCUGGAGUUUCUGGAGCUACAAAACGGAGGGCUGCGAUGGCGACGAGAACUGGUGCUUCCGACAUGCUCUGGCAAGAUCUCUCCCCUCAUCCUUUGCCCCAGUCCGGGCAUCAUCGUCAGCAGCUAGCGCGAUCUGUCGCUUGAUAGACUGUCCCCAUGAUCAACCCUCGCUCGCGCAUAUCGAAGACGUCCUACCCGUGAACGCUGUCAGUGUCAUGAAUGCUCAUCGCCUGAUACCCCGGCGCGGGUCCGACCCCCACGACAAGACAUGUCGAUGCGCCAUCAAGGACCACGCCGAGAUGGCGGUAGCUGUGGGAUACGCUGAUGGGUGGAGGGUGGCAAACUCGUUUGCUGGGUUUGGGGGAUCGAAACUUGGUUUCGUCAAUCAGUUCUUGCGUGAUCACUUUACUGGGUUCUGCGGCGUGUGUCCCGAUGAUACACGCGCUCAGUACGAGGAGUGGUUCAAGCGAGGAGCUCGCGAUGGGAUAGAGUAG